UAUUCUUAUUCCCUCAUCAGAUUGCUGUAUGGUAGGAAAUGGAGUGACGGAGAAGCUUCGAAAGCACUCCAAUGUUUUUGCCUUUACGUGAUAGUUUUGGCCAUGAAUGGUACAUCCGAGGCAUUUAUGCAUGCAGUUGCAACAGAGAAUCAACUCAAACGGUCGAAUGACUCGUUACUCGUCUUCUCAUUGAUUUACCUAGUCUUGAAUGUCUUACUUAUACGAUCAGCAGGCGCAAUUGGAUUAAUAUUAGCAAAUUCUUUGAACAUGUUCUUCAGGAUAGUCUAUUCAGCAAUUUUCAUCAGAAAAUAUUUCAAGGAUUCUUCAUCCUUUUCCUUUAGAGACUGCUUGCCGAAAGGAAGUGAACUUCUACUUAUUUCAGGUGUAGCCACCUUUAUUCUCGAGAGAAUAUAUCUCGACCGAGAGAAUUUCUGGUCAACUUUUACGAUUCACCUCUCUUUUGGUUUGGCGUGUUUCAGUGUCGCGGCUUUUGUAAUCUACAAGAAAGAGAAGCCUUUCAUCAGUAAAAUCAUACGUUUUCGUAAACACGCUGAUUGAAAGCUCCGAUAAAAUAAAACAUACACGGUUAAUUAGAUGGGCAAAAAUCGUAUUGAUUCUGGUGUAACCUAAACCGUUGAUGACAUUUUCAUUUUUGCUCGAGUAGAUUGUUACCGAUGAACUUGUGUAAGAAUGUAUUGAAAAUGAUGUGAGCCCUUUAAAUUUAUCAUUGAUCUUGGGAUAAAAGUUAACUUCAUUCGGGUGAAUACAAAGGAGAAUAUAAUUUAGUUAUUUA